CCAAGCCAACUUUCAUAUUACCAUUAACAAUUCUCAAAAUCCAUCUCUAUAUACUAGUAGAAGAUCAAGAUUAGAGAGAGUGAGUGAUAAUAAUGGAGACAGUCAAGAGCUUAGCGGAGCGAAAGCCGGUGGUGAUAUUCAGCAUAGGGUCACGCUGCAGCAUGAGCCACACCAUCGAGACGCUCGUGGCCGGUUUUGGCGGGACCGUGACCGUGCACGAGCUGGACGUGAUGCCCAACGGCAAGAACCUGGAGUGGGAGCUGAUGCAGGGCAUCUGGGCGGCUGCAUCCUGGGCAAGCAGGAGGAAGCCGCCCAGUUUGCCCGCGGUGUUCAUCGGCGGCGAAUAUGUCGGGGGUGAAGGUGAGAUCAUGUGCCUCCACCUCAAGGGAGAACUUGUCCCCUUGCUCAAGAAGGCUAGAGCCAUUUGGCUCUAAGUAUAUAAUAUGUUGUCAAGUACUAAUUGUACGUGAUUAAUAAUAUGUACAUGCAUGCAUAUAUAUGUGUGUACUGUAUAUAAUUUCCUGAUUUUUAGACCUAAAUAUAAAAUUAAGUGGUUUCGUCUCCCCUUGAUUGGGUGGAGGUAGUUAAGCUCUAUGUAAAUCCAAGCCAAUGUACCUUAAAAUUAAUAUCACAAUUAUAUAUGGCUUUGUUUGAGAAUAAUAUUUUCAAUUUCCAAUAGCAUUUUAAAUUAAAUUUUAAUAGUUUAG